CCGAAAGUUAUUGGGUCGAUGCAGUAGGCAGCGACACUACAUCGGAACGGAUAUCGGCUUUCAGGGAUCUUCCAAAUUUGGAGUACCAUCUCCCGUGAAUCGGAUAACUCAGCCCACAUCGCCCGUUGAACAAGCCUACUGGCUUAUCAGCCAAAUAUCUAGGUGGAAAGCAGACUGGUUAUGACUGUUCGCAUUUCCAGGUGAAAGCCCGUACUGAAAACAAAUAAUUUAUGUAACCAGUCUACUGAAUAUUAAGCACCGAUAGUAAACUGUGUUCAGGAAACUUCCUCUGGAGUUUAACUGUGCCCCGGAACUGCAGGACGGCAUAUUUCGAGAUAAGGAACUAAGCUGGGAUUGAAAAUUAAAAUUUAAGGAGCGAUUAUUACAGGUACAAAUCGCACAUCUAGUAGGUGUAGGUGCAACUUUAGAACCACCGCCAUCCAUUCAUUAAAGUAGAACGACCGCUGAUUGGUCAGUUAAAUUUACAUCGGUUGACACGCCCACUUAACCGUAAACAUGAGUGCAUUCGACGACGAGUUUUUGGACGAGGAGGAGGAAAUGGCGCUGAAGGAAAGAGAUUUAGCAGACGACGCUCAAUGGAAGAUUAUCCAAAAGAAUACAUUCACAAGAUGGGCGAAUGAGCAUUUAAAGACUGUCAACAAAACGAUCGCUGACUUGGAGAAUGAUUUUAGCGAUGGUUUGAGGCUGGUGGCACUCGUCGAAGUGUUGUCUGGAAAAAAAUUCAAGUCUGUAAACAAGCGACCAAAUUUUCGCACACAGAAGCUAGAAAAUGUCACAAUGGCGCUGGAAUUCCUGGAAAGAGACGAAGGAAUUAAAAUUGUCAAUAUCGAUUCUGGAGACAUCGUGGACAGCAAGCUGAAGCUGAUCCUGGGCCUGAUAUGGACCCUCAUUUUGCACUACUCCAUCUCCAUGCCAAUGUGGGAGGGGGAGGAGCCCCAGCCCCAGGAGGGUGGACCCACGCCCAAGCAGCGACUGCUGAACUGGAUCCAGGGCAAGGUGCCCGACCUGCCCAUCAAGAACUUCACCUCCGACUGGAACGACGGCAAGGCCAUCGGAGCCCUUGUUGAUGCUCUUGCUCCAGGUCUGUGCCCAGACUGGGAGGACUGGGACCCCAAGAAGGCCAAGCAGAAUGCCAAGGAGGCCAUGGAUGCUGCUGAGAAAUGGCUCGACGUGCCACAGCUGAUCAAGCCAGACGAGAUGACCAACCCCAAGGUGGAUGACCUCAGUAUGAUGACCUACUUAUCCCAGUUCCCCCAGGCCAAGCUCAAGCCUGGAGCUCCACUCCGACCCAAGCUCAACCCCAACAGGGUGCGCGCCUGGGGGCCGGGUCUCGAGCCCAAGGGUAACACCGUGGGAGCACCUGCAAAGUUCACAGUGGAAACUUUCAGCGCAGGAAAGGGCAGCUUGGAGAUCAUGGUUCUGGACCCGAAAGGAAAGCAAGCAACUUGCGAAAGCGUGUUCAACAAUGACCGUACGAUGACAUACUCCUGCCAGUACGUGCCCACAAUGGAGGGCGAAUAUCGUGUCAUCAUCAAGUGGAGUGAGAAGGAGAUUGCUAAGUCCCCGUUCAAGGUUCUUGUAGAGGGAGCAGCAGGCGAUGCUAGCAAGGUCACGGCUGCAGGACCCGGUCUUGAGAAAACUGGGGUCACAGUGAAUAAGAAGACAUACUUUGAGGUGUUUACAAAGGAAACUGAAUCAUUCACAAUCGAUGCAGGUCGGGGCACAGUUGAGGUCACCAUCCUGGACCCCUCAGGUCACCGCGACAAGGUCAAGCCUACCAUUGCGCCAGUCAACAAGGAUGGCGUGUAUCUCGUAGAAUACACUGCCACUGAGGUUGGUCUCCACUCGAUCACCAUAACCUUCAGUGGUGUAGCAAUCCAGCAGAGCCCAUACGGGGUGAAUGUUGGCCCAGCAAUGAAUGCUAAGGCUGUGUAUGCCACCGGGCGGGGCAUUCAGCCCAAGGGUGUCCGCGUGAAGCAAAACGCUGAGUUCAAAGUGCACACGAAAGAUGCUGGAGUUGCAGAGGUCAAAGUUCAGAUCAUUGGACCAGGUGGUGCCAACGUCACCUGCAAGUGUGUCCCAUCAAAGACAGAGGAAGGCGUGUAUGAGUGCGUGUACGUCCCUCCCAAGGUGGGCCAGUACGUUAUAAACAUCACGUUCGGUGGCCAGAACAUCACCAAGAGCCCCUUUAGGGUGGACGUAGGACCAGAGAAGUUCUCAAAGGUGGUGGCCUAUGGGCCGGGUCUGGAGGGGGGCGUGGUCAACCAGCCGGCAUGCUUCACUGUGGAAACCAACGGCGAGGUUGGAGCUCUAGGGUUCUCAAUUGAGGGCCCAUCACAGGCUAAGAUUGACUGCAAAGACAACGGUGAUGGUUCGGCAGACGUCACUUACUGGCCAACCAUGCCAGGCGAGUACGCAGUUCACAUCCUGUGCAAUGAGGAAGACAUCCCACAGGCUCCAUACAUGGCCCAGAUUCAACCAGCCACCAGUGCCUUUGACGCAUCCAAGGUGAUUGCUAAGGGCCCUGGCCUGGAGAAGGACGGAGUGACCGUGGGUCAGCCUGCGGAGUUCACAGUGGAUGCCAAGAAGGCCGGCAAGGCUCCUCUCAACAUCACGUGCAUCGACGCCACCUACAAGCCUGUAGAGGUUAGCGUGAAAGACAACAAGGACGGGACGUUCUCGUGCGUCUACCACCCCAAGAACCCUGUACGACACACCAUCAUCAUCACCUGGGGAACUGUGGGCAUUCCCAAGAGUCCAUUCAGGGUGAACGUGAGUCAGCCUUGCAAGCCUGGCAAUGUGAAGGUUUACGGACCUGGUGUGGAGAAGGGAGUGAAGACCUUUGUCAAGACACACUUCACGGUGGACUGCAGGAGCGCUGGACCCGGUGAUGUUGCCAUUGCCUUGGUUGAUGAGCGUGGGAAAGACGUCCCAUGUAGCACCAUUGACAACAAGGAUGGAACGUUCACUAUCGAGUACGAGCCCAAGACGCCCGGCACAUAUACCAUUCAGGUCUACUUUGCCACAAAGGAAGUGCCUAAGUCUCCCAUCAACGUCACCGUUGAAUCCAGCAUUGACCUUAGCAAGGUCACCGUGAAGGGCCUUGAGACUGCCAUUCUUCUCGGGGAGACGCGAAAGAUAAGCAUUAUAACCACCCAGGAGCGUAAAAAGGACCUGCUAUGUGUUGUUACUGUGACAACACCAAAGAAGAAAACCGUUGAAUUGAAAGUUGACAAAGUUUCGGAUGGAUACACCUGCGAUUUUAAACCCACUGAUGAGGGCCCUCACCAGGUCACAGUGGUUUAUGAUAAGAAACCUGCUCCUGGAUCGCCGUUCGACGUGGACGUUGUCGGAAAGUUGGGACCUCAAGUCCUGGUCAAGGGACUUGAUGAGCCCAUUGAAGUUGGAGAAAUGAGACCUAUUGAAAUUAUCACGUCUUCUAUGCCAAAGAAGGAUGCCCCUUGCAAGGCAACCUGCACCUCCCCAAAAGGAAAAACUGUAGAAUUGCCGCUUAAAAAAGGUCCCGAGGGCUACACUACAUCUCUUACACCUACGGAGAAAGGUCCACAUACAGUUACAAUUGAGUUUGACAAAAAACCUGUUCCGAAAUCUCCGUUCACGGUUGAAGUGUUCCCCAAAGGUGCUAAGCCCACAUCAAAGAAGGAUGAUGAACCUAAAGGAGAAAUUACCGUAAUGGGACUUGAUACUCCUAUUCAGACAGGGGAAAAGAGAACUAUCACCGUCAUUACCCAUAAAAUGGCCAAGAAAGAUGCACCAUGUGCCAUUACUAUUCUAAAUCCAAAAGGUAAAAGUACCAACCUGAAACCCACCCCCUCAAAGGAAGGUUAUGAGGCUGUGUUUUCACCAUGGGAUACCGGAGUUCACAAGGUCAAGGUUGAAUAUGAUGGAUCAGAGGUCCCGGGGUCGCCUUUUGAUGUGCAAGUGUUUAAGAUUAACCUGGCUGCCAUUGUUGUCAAGGGCCUGGAUAAACCCAUUCCUCUGGGUGAAACAAGGAAGAUCAGCAUCAUUACGAAGGAGUGUGGCAAGGCUGACCUCCCUUGUCAAGUCACGGUGACCAGCCCUCAAGGCAAAACCACAGACCUCCCAACCAAGCCAAACCCCGACGGCUACGAGUGCGAUUUCACGCCUGAACAGCCAGGAGAAUACAAGGUCAAGGUUGAAUAUGCAACCAAGGAGGUGCCAAAGUCGCCUUUCACAGUUUCCGUCGAAGUGUCUGAAAAAGUGCCAUCAAAGUUGGCUAAACCAGCUGAGCAGACACCAUCCAAGAUAGAGCCCUCAAAGGCAGCUCCCUCCCAGGCGGCCCCUGGGUCAGGACCUGUGACAGUGAGGGGACUAGAGACCCCUGUGAGUCCUGGGGAGAAAAGGCCAGUCACCGUGGAUACCACAAAGGCUCCAAAGAAGGACGCACCAGUGAAGCUGUCAAUGACAAAUCCCAAGGGCCGUACGGUCGAACUGAAGACAAAGCCCAUCCCUGAGGGAUUUGAGACGACCUUUGCAUCCUGGGAUAAGGGACCUCACUCGGUGAAAGUGGAAUAUGACGGAAAGGAGAUCCCAGAAUCCCCUUUCACUGUCAUGGUUGAAAAAAUUGAUGUCUCAAAAGUGGUAGUCAAGGGGCUUGAGAAGCCUAUUCCAUUGGGAGAAUCAAGAAAGGUGACAGUGUUGACCCAUGAGACUGGAACAGCAGAUGCACCGUGUGGCGUUGUGGCAACCUCACCAAAAGGUGUUACACAAGAUAUACCUGUUUCCAAAAUACCCGAGGGAUAUGAGUUGACCUUUACCCCGAAGGAGGGUGGUGAUCACAAGGUCAAAAUCACAUAUGCUGGACAGGAGGUGCCAGACUCACCAUUCAGUGUCAAGGUGGAAACACUGGAUGUGUCUGGAGUAGUUGUGAAAGGCUUGGAAAAAUCAAUCAUGGUUGGUGAAACGAGAAAGAUUUCGAUUAUAACAACCAAAGUUGGCAAAAAGGAUCUUCCUUGCAAAGUUUACUUCACCAAUCCCAGAGGCGUGGUCACUGAACUCUUCACAACCACAACCGCAGAGGGUCACGAGACCUUCUUUACCCCAACUGACCUCGGCACUCACAAAGUCAAGGUUGAGGUCGCAGGUCAAGAGGUGCCAGGGUCAGAGUUCACUGUCAAUGUGACCAAGUUUGAACAGAGAGUGGACAUCGAAGGACUUGACAUGCCGAUGACUAUGGGAGAAAAGCGAAUAAUUAGAGCUUUGGUAACUGCACCAGCCAAGCCAAACAAAUUUGCUCCUGAACCGACCUGCAAGAUCACAGUAACCAAUCCAAAGGGCCGAAACUUUGAACCCAAAGUGGACAAAAUACCGACAGGUUUUGAGACGUUUUUCACGUCCAAUGAAGCCGGUCCCCAUGUUUUCAAGAUUGAGUAUAAUGGCAAGGAGGUUCCUGAUUCCCCAAUAACCUGUGAGGUGGAGAAAUUAGAGACCAGAAAGGUUGAGGUCAAGGGGCUUGAUACACCUAUUGAAGUUGGGGAAGUCAGACCCAUUGAAAUCGACACAACACAGGCUGGCAAGACUGAUGCCCCGUGUCAGGUGACAGCUAUCGGACCCAAGGGAGAUAAGAAGGAUCUUCCCACCAAGAAAGUCCCCAAAGGCUAUGAAACAACAUACGCUCCUUUGGAAGUGGGACCACACCAGGUCAAGGUUGAAUACGGCAACAAGGAGGUGCCCAAGUCACCAUUUUCUGUGGAUGUUCAGCCUAAGUCUAAGGAUAAACCUAAACUGGCACCCAUUGAAGUCAAGGGUCUGGAAACACCUGUCACUGUUGGUGAAAAGCGUCCCAUAACAGUGACCUCACCUAACCCGGACACCCCCAAAAUCACAACGACAAAUCCAAAAGGCAAACCAAGUGACCUACCAACCAAGAAAGUCAAGGAUGGGUUUGAGGCCUUGUUUGCUCCGCUGGAAGAGGGACCAUACAAGAUCCGGGUUGAACAGCCGGCGGGCAAGGAUGUGCCAGGCUCCCCGUUCAGUGUGGAGGUCACACCGAAAACUGAUGUUACCAAAGUGGAAGUCAAGGGCUUGGAAACACCCAUUAGGCCCGGGGAGAAGCGACAGAUCUUCAUCAUUACCAAGGGAACCAAAACCCCCAGUGCCCCCUGCGGUGUGCAGGUCACCAGUCCCAAGGGCAAACCCACCGACCUUCCCACAAAGAAAACGAGCGAAGGAUAUGAGGCCAUUUUUGCUCCUCUGGAGACUGGCCCGCAUGUUGUCCGGGUGAAUUUCGAUAACAAGGAAGUCCCGCAGUCACCCUUCAAGGUCGAUGUUGUGGCCCCUGCAGAUGUGGCCAAGGUCGAAAUCAGGGGUCUGGAGAAACCUAUUGAAGUGGAUGAAACAAGGCCCAUUACAAUUGUUACCAAGGCAACAGGCAAUGAGGAUGCCCCAUGUAAAACCACAGCAACCACGCCAGACGGGAAAACAAUGUUCUUACCCACAAAGAAAGUACCUGGAGGAUAUGAAAGCACUUUUAGUCCCAAACAGACGGGUCCACACAAGAUACAAGUGGAAGUUGAUGGAAAAGAAGUGCCAAAAUCGCCAGUCACUGUAAACGUGGAAGAUAAAUUAGAUAUCAAAAAGUUACUGGUGAAAGGGCUGGAGAAGCCAAUCAAGCUUGGAGAAACAAGGCCUAUCACCAUAGUAACAAAGCCAACAGGAAAGCCCGAUCUUCCUUGUCAAGUCUUUGCCAAAGGUCCUACAACUCCUUAUAAAGAACUCCCUCUUAAAAAGGUCCCAGACGGUUAUGAAUGUGUGUACACCCCUCAGGAAGGCGGUGACAACUAUGUUAAAGUUGAAUUUGCGGGUAAAGAGGUCCCUAAAUCUCCAUACCACGUUCAGGUGGAGAGCCCUGUCGAUGUAACUAAAGUUGAAAUCAAGGGUCUUGAGACUCCAAUUGAAGUUGGCGAGAACCGACCAAUAACAAUUGACACCUCAUCCACUGGAAAACCGGAUGCACCUUGUAAAGUGUCUGUCACUAACCCCAAGGGUAAAACCAUUGAACUUCCAACAAAAACAAAGCCUGAAGGCUAUGAAACUGUGUUUGCACCUCUGGAACCUGGACCACAUAAGGUCAACGUUGAGUUUGCGGGACAGCCUGUCCCUGAUUCUCCUUUCAAGGUCGACGUUAAACCCGCAGUGGAGGUCGGCUCUGUUCAAGUUGUGGGAUUAGAGACCCCGAUUGAAGUGGGAGAGAUACGCCCAGUACAGAUAAACACUUCCAAGACUGGAAAGCCUGACGCCCCCUGCCGUGUCACCGCCACUAACCCGCAGGGGCAGACGGCUGAACUCCCAACACAGCAGACCCCAGAGGGUUACCAGACAGUGUUUGCCCCGCUUGAGGAAGGCCCACAUAAAGUGAAUGUUGUCUUUGCUGACAAGGAGAUCCCGAAGUCGCCGUUCAAUGUCAAGGUCGAGCCAAGAGUUGACGUCGGUGCUGUGCAAGUGUUGGGACUGGAAGAGCCAAUCAAGGUCGGUGAACCACGCCCUAUCACUAUUAUGACCUCCACCACCGGCAAACCUGACGCACCUUGCAAGGUCAAGGUCACCAACCCUAGGGGUCAAACAAUUGAAUUGCCCACCAAGAAGAUCCCCGAGGGUUACACUGCUACCCUUGCCCCACAGGAAGUUGGACCUCACCGUGUCAACGUUGAUUUCAACGGAAAGGAAGUUCCCAAGUCGCCAUUCAAUGUUAUGGCUGAACCUGCCAUUGAUUUUAGCAAGGUCAAGGUCACUGGACUUGAAUCUCCUGUUGAGGUAGGAGAAAUCCGUCCAAUCACCAUAGAUACAGCAGAGACUGGUGUUGUGGACGCCCCAUGCCAGGUGAUCUCCACCAACCCUGCGGGUCAGGUCAGGGAACUCCCAGUGAAACCAACUGGAAGGGGAUACCAGGCACAGUUUGCUCCGUUGGAAGAUGGGCCGCACAUGGUGGCCGUCAAGUAUGCCGGAAAAGAGGUGCCAAAGUCGCCUUUCUCAGUGAAAGCCAUCCCACAGGGGCCGCCAGCUUCAAAGGUGAAGGUUUAUGGACCAGGUCUGGACAGCGGAAAGGCCACAGAGCCAGCAAAAUUCACCAUUGAUACAAGAGAGGUUACUCAGCCUGGAGGAAUCGGCGUCACCGUCGAAGGACCUGCAGAGAGCAAGAUAGAAUGCGUUGACAACCAGGAUGGAACUUGCGACGUCACUUACUAUCCUGAGGUUCCAGGGGAAUACAGCAUCAAUGUCACAUACGCAGAUGAGCAUGUACCAAAGUCGCCAUUCAAAGCGAAGAUUACCCCAAGUGGUAAAAUUGACCUUAGCCGUGUCAGGGUCUAUGGACCAGGAUUGGAACGCGAUGUCUUUUUGGAGUCUCCGACUGGUUUCACUGUUGAUGCAAAGUCUGUGACGCCAGUUGGCGAGGGCAAGGUGCGUGCGAUAGUAACCAGUCCGUCUGGUCAGCGUACUGAGAGUCUUGUGAAGAACAACAAAGACGGAACAUAUGAUGUUCUCUACACUCCGUAUGAACAGGGCCCGAAUACCAUCGAUGUAACAUAUGAGAACUGCCCGAUUCCCCAGAGCCCGAUCAAGGUCAGCGCAACCCCUGGUUGCGAUGCCAGCAGGGUCAAGGCAUACGGUGAUGGCCUUACGGGAGGAUAUACAGAUGUCAAGCAGGUCUUUACUGUUGACGUCAGGGGAGCCGGUCAAGGUGGCCUGGCCCUGGCCAUUGAUGGCCCCGCGGAGACCCAGAUCAACUGCAAAGACAAUCGCGAUGGCACCUGCGAGGUUGAGUACAUCCCCAUCAAGAAGGGAGACUAUGACAUCACAGUCAAGUUUGCUGAUCAGCACAUCAGAGGUUCCCCAUUCAAUGUGCCCAUCGCUCCGACUGUGAAUGCUUCCAAGGUCAGGUGCUACGGCCCAGGGCUCGACUCAAGGGAGGUCACCGCUGGCAAGCCGGCAACGUUCAUCGUUGACACCACGGAGACUGGCGAGGCUCCUCUUGAUGUGACGUUCACUGACUCUACUGGUACACGCCAGCCAGCUGACAUUAUUCCAGUGGCCGAGGGCAAGUUUGAAUGCACAUACUACCCAGUGGAUGAGGGCAAAUGCACUGUGGAUGUCAAAUAUAACAACCAGGCAGUGCCAAACAGCCCAUUCAAGGUAGUCGCUCAGCCAGGCUCCCCUGCAGACAAGGUUCGAGUCUCGGGAGACGGUAUCAAGCCCACGGUACUGGCCAGUAUGCCAGUACAGUUUGUCAUCGACACCCGCGACGCUGGGGUACCUGCUGACGUUGAUGUUGUCAUUCAGAGGCCAGAUGGCACCUUUAUUCGUCCGAUGAUCCAAGACAAUGGCGACGGAACAUUCACGGUCCAGUACACGCCAGAGGACUGUGGCCCAUACAUCAUCAGCAUCACGUACGGAGGUGAACCAGUGAGGGGGGUACCAUUCAAGACCACCGCCAUUCCCACGGGAGAUGCAUCCAAGUGCAAGAUCACUGACGGUCUGCAACAGACAAUACCAGUUGCCAAGGAGACAGUCAUCACUGUUGACGCGUCACAGGCUGGAACAGGCAAGGUGACCUGCCGUAUCCGCAGCCCGACAGGCGCUGAGAUCGACAUCGAUAUCAUCGAGAACACCGACGGCACCUUCAGCAUCAACUUCACCCCCGCUUUCCAGGGUGACUACAGCAUCAGCAUAAAGUUUGGUGGCCAGAGCAUCCCGAUGGGAGACUACAUCAUUCAGGCGCUUGAUGAUGCCCAGUGGCAAGACAGGGGGAUGCCUGAGGUUGGUGACGACCUGAUCACACAAGACCACAUUGACAGCGUACACUCAGCCGCCCCAGGAGCAGGCCUCUAUCAGCCACAGGAGUUCCGUAUCCCAGUUGGACCCAUCUUCAACUUUGUCACUGCUUAUGUGAUCAUGCCGUCUGGAAAGAAGGCCUACCCAAAGAUCGAGGACAACAAAGAUGGCACGGUUACAGUUAGAUACCAGCCCCAGGAGACUGGACUGCAUGAGCUGCACUUGUGCUACAACCAGCAGGAAAUACCAGGCAGCCCCUUCCAGUUCCAUGUGGAUGCAGUCAACAGUGGUUUUGUGACCGCCUAUGGUCCAGGCUUGAGCCAUGGUGUGGUCAAUGUACCGUGUGAGUUCACCAUCGUUACCAAGGAUGCAGGAGCAGGUGGCCUUGCGCUGGCUAUUGAGGGUCCCUCCAAGACCGAGAUCAAGUGUAAGGACAAUGAGGACGGGACUUGCACAGUCACCUACCUGCCAACCGCCCCCGGCGAGUACAACAUCACUGUCAAGUUUGCAGACAAGAACAUCUCUGGCUCACCUUUUGUCGCUAAAGUCACAGCUGGAGAGCCUAAGCAGAGGGCCCAGAUUGGUCGCAGCAGUGAGGUCUCUCUGAAGGUGACAGAGACGGACAUUGCCAACCUGACUGCUUCCAUCAGGUCUCCAUCUGGCCACGAGGAACCAUGCAUGCUCAAACGCCUCCCGAAUGGACAUCUUGGAAUCUCAUUCACGCCACGUGAGGUUGGGGAGCACCUUGUGAAUGUCUACCGCAAUGGACAGCACAUCGCCAACAGCCCAUUCAAGAUCACCGUGGGAGAGACGGAGCUGGGCAAUGCUGACAAGGUCAAGGUCUACGGCAAGGGAUUAGAGGAGGGCAUGGCACACGAGAUCAACGAGUUUAUUGUUGACACCAGGGAGGCAGGUUACGGAGGUUUGAGCCUGUCCAUCGAGGGCCCCAGCAAGGCUGACAUUGAGUGCCAUGACAACGAGGACGGUACCUGCAGGGUCACAUACAAACCCACCGAGCCGGGAACCUACAUCAUCAACAUCAAGUUUGCCGAUGAACACGUCAACAAGAGUCCAUUCAAGGUGAAGAUAGGAGGCGAGCCAUCAGAGCGUAUCACUGAGCGAAUCAUGCGUCACCGUGAGGCUGUGGAUAUAACCCACGUGGGCAGCGAGUGUGAACUCAGCCUCAAGAUUCCAGUUGCAUUCCUGACUGGGUAUAAAUCAGCCCAGCCUGAACCAGGCACAAGCCCGUUUGACAUGACGGCGUCAGUUACAAGCCCGUCAGGUGUGACAGAGCUGUGUGACGUGGUGAGCCUGGAUGACAGCCACUACAGCAUCAAGUUCGUGCCCAAGGAGAUGGGUGUGCACACUGUGAGCGUCAAGCACAAGGACAUGCACAUCCCCGGCAGCCCCUUCCAGUUCACCGUGGGGCCCAUUGCGGGUGGAGGCGCUCACAAGGUGCACGCUGCAGGGCUGGGUCUAAUACGUGGAGAGGUUGAUAUGCCGAAUGAGUUCAACAUCUACACACGUGAGGCUGGAGCUGGUGGUCUGUCCAUUGCCGUGGAGGGACCUUCGAAAGCAGAGGUGGACUUUGAGGACAGAAAAGACGGGUCUUGUGGCGUCACGUACAGCGUCAGUGAACCAGGCGAGUAUCUGAUAUCAGUCAAGUUCAAUGAUGAACACAUCCCAGAGUCUCCGUUCCGCAUACCAAUCACCCCAAGCAUCGGGGACGCAAGGAAAAUCUCCGUCAGCGCUCUCCAGCACAAGGGACUGACAAUUGGCAAGCCCUGCUCGUUUGUGGUGAACUUCAACGGCGCCCCUCGCGGCCGUCUGCAGGCCCGUGUGGUGUGCCCCUCGGGAGCAGAGGACGAUGCUCUGGUUCAGGAAAUUGAUGAAGGCGAGUAUGCAGUUCGCUUCAUCCCCCGUGAGAACGGCCCCCACCUUGUGUAUGUGUCGUUUGAUGGGUGUCAGAUCCCUGACAGCCCCUUCAGGAUCCAGGUGGGAACCGUGCACGCUGAUCCCGGCAUGGUGCAGGCUUAUGGAGACGGACUCAAGACUGGAAAAACUGAUCAGACAGCCAAGUUCAUUGUGAACACAGUGAAUGCUGGCUCAGGAGCGUUGUCUGUGACAGUGGAAGGCCCCUCGAAGGUGAAGCUGGAGUGCCGCGAGGUGGAAGAUGGCUAUGAGUUCUCCUACACACCCACCGCCCCUGGAGACUACCUUAUCUCCAUCAAGUACGCUGGAACAAACAUUGCCGGCAGUCCAUUCAAGGCUCGAAUUGAAGGUAAAGGUAAACCAAGUGGAUUCCAAGAGCAGGCUUCAGUUGUCGUGGAAACUGUUACCAAGACAAGCUCAAUGAGCAAGUUUGCCUCGUUUGCUCCAUUUGUGUCUGAUGCCUCAAAGGUUACGGUGGAGGGCAAUGCCUUGAAACGAGGCUACAGGAACAAGCAGUGCGUGUUCAGCGUGGACACAUCUAAUGCUGGCAACAACAUGCUGUUCAUCGGUAUGAUUGGACCUAAGGGCCCCUGUGAGGAACUCUGCGUGAAGCACUACCCCGGCCAGCCCUACAAGAUCAACUACCUGGUCAAGGAAAGGGGCGACUACAUGCUUGCAAUCAAGUGGGGAGAGGAGCACAUCCCUGGCUCGCCUUUCUACGUGAAAGUGGAAUAAAUAAUUGAACAUAAUCAAAACUCAAAACUAUGAUUUUUUUCCCAUAAUAUUGUUGUUCAUAUCUUGUUUCUGGGUUAUAUUUGUUAUAUUUGUAGUGUGAGAAAGGGAUAUUUGGAUACUUUUUAUAGACUGAUAGACACAAUCAUUUAGUUGAUUGGAGAGCUAAAAAUGUAUGUGGAGAGGAUAAUACAAUGAUGUGCAUUAAAUGAUUGUGUACUUUUUAUAAUUGGUGCUUCCCCCAUGAACCUACUUUGUAUGCCCAUGAGGAUUCAUGAAGAUUAUAUAAUUUUUCAAAUGCUUUUAUUCUGUUGGAAAAGUGUUUGUAGUUACUGUUGCACUAUGCAAUGAGAACUAUUGGUAAUUUUUUUAGGUUUGUUUUUAGGAAAUAUGUAAGUUAGUUUUUGCGUAGGAAUUAUACAUUAACAUGAUAUAAAUAUAUUCCAUAUGGGGCGUUUAAUGCUGCUGCGUGGUUGAAUCUCUUAUUUGUUUAUAUGAUGUGAUUUAUGUUUAGAAAACUUAUUUCACUUUGUGCUUUUUAUAUCGGCCAGUGCAAUGUAAAGGACACUUGUUAGGUCAUUUAAUAAAUUUACAACAAAAAUGUUCACUAUUACAUUAUUUGCUAUACUUAAUGCCGAUGUCGUGCGUAUAUAUCUUUAUGAACAUUAUGUGUUUUGUUUUUUUGUAUUUGAAUUGUUUUGUAUUUUGUUUUGUUAUGUAUUUAACAUUUUUGCUAUUACAUUUCAUAUGUUUUUUUAGGUAUUCAUUGUAAGGCUGUAUAAUAUUGCUCAUGACGUCAUAAAUUAUGCAGAAUUUCACAGGAACAAAUCCUAAGGUCAAGGUUGCUGAAAAAAAUACUGAAGAAUGUUAUGAUAAAUAAUAGAAAUUAAGUGUGUUUUAAAAAUGCAAAUAACACAUUGCAUAUAGAUGAUGGUUAAACGAAUGAACCAUAAACACAUAGCUUUUAUACAGCUGGGUUGACCUUGACCUAGGGUCUGUAGCUUCUUUAUUCAUGUAUUUGUAUAUAAAUAUUAAGGACUGUUCUAAUAUUUUUGUUUGAAAUGUUUGCAACUUGUUACCCUUCCAGCUUAUACUAGGUGAAUGUAUUUGUAACGGCAACUCCCCAAGAUGUGUCCACUUGUUCAUAUCAUUAUUAGAUAUUUCACGUUCCCUAAAUUUCUGAUACUCAGAAUAUCGUUUUUAUGAAUAGAAUAGGGUAGGCGUUUUUUGCUAAAUAUUUGCUGCAUUCAGUAAAUAUUCUUCUUAACUAGCAGUGCGGGACUUGAUGUUGUGUUUGGACUUUGGACUGACAAUAAAAACCUGGCACAAAUUUGAGACUAAGUGUCGAACAGAGCUAUCUGUAUUCAAUAUAAAUGCUAGUGUAAGAAUAUUUACUCAUGUAUUCAGCCAAGAAGCUUAUUUAGAGCAAUUUAUAUGUUACAUUUGUCAAUAAAAAGUGUAAAGUUA